AUUUUAGUGUAAAUAAAAACAAUAUAGUGAUUUUCCACCUUCAACCGAUGUCCCUUUAAGUCGUUAAUAUGCGAUGACGCUGAAGCGGAAGCCCCGCCCACCGACGCAGCUGCGUUCGUGCGUGCGCGCGGCAGCGGAGAAGUUAGUGCGAUGAGUGUGGAUCCGGAUCGCAGAUGAGGUUCGGCACUUCUGCCGCUUCUAACGCGCUCCGUGGGCGUGGCUAUGUGAGUCUGACAGCGGCUGACGCGGGUUCCGAGAUCCGGUGAUGCGAUGCGGUUCGGUUCGGGUCUCCAUGACAACAGAAUCAGCGGAGUGAAAUAUAAAUGGCUUUGACAGCGUUUGUUAGCAUGGAGCUGUGUGCGAACGCAUCCCAUGUGAGCGGUGACGGGCCGUCGGAGAAGCAGGCGUGUGGCGCCGCCCUGCAGGUUCAUCUGUACAGCUGCAGAGACGAGGCGAGCGCGCUGACGUAUCCGCACGGAGAAUACGUGGCAGAAGAGCUCUGCAUCAGCGCCGCCAAAGAGUGCGGUGUCAGUCCCCCGUACUGCAGUCUGUUUGGACUCAUGAGAGCGCGAGACCGAGUGUGGCUUCCACCCAAUCACAUCCUCAAGAUCGAGGCCUCGGCCAAUGAGACGCUGCUGUACAGGAUCAGGUUUUAUUUUCCAGGCUGGUACGGCAGCGGCUCGAGCUCGGCCCGCAGGUACGGCGUCUCCAAGAGUUCAGAGGCACCUGUGCUCGAUGACAUCACCGUGGCGUACCUGUUUGCUCAGUGGAGGUCAGAUUUUCUGAGCGGCGCGGUCAGCGUUCCCAUCAGCCUGGAGUUUCAGGAAGAGUGCUUGGGAUUGGCUGUUCUUGAUAUGAUGUGUUUGGCCAAAGAAAAAGCCAAGUCACCUGUUGACAUCUACAACCACAACAGUUAUAAGUCGUUCCUCCCGAAGAACAUGCGAGCGCACAUCCAGAACCAGCACUUUGUGACCCGGAAGAGGAUCCGCUUCCGCUUCAGGAAGUUCAUCCAGCAGUUCGGAGCGUGUAAAGCCACGCCGCGAGACCUGAAGCUGAAGUACGUGGUCAGUCUGGAGACGCUGCAGGCGGCCUUCUACAGCGAGCAGUUCCUCGUCAGCGAAGCGUCCGCCGGAGACGUCUGCAUCCUCGUCAGCGGGAGCCGCGGCAUGCGAUGGUCCAAAGUAAAAGAGGCCAGAGACCGAGAGGAUCCGCAGGUUUACUGUGAUUUCUCAGAUGUCAUCGACAUCAGUGUAAAGCAGGGGUCUAAAGACGGAUCUGUGGAGAACCGGAUCGUCUCCAUAAACAGACGGGACGGUCAGACGCUGGAGCUGGAGUUUCAUUCUCUGAGCGAGGCGCUGUCCUUUGUGUCUCUGAUCGACGGCUACUACAGACUCACCACAGACGCUCAUCACUACCUGUGUAAGGAGGUGGCGCCCCCUAGACUGCUGGAGGCCAUUCAGAACAGCUGCCACGGGCCAGUGUCGACGGAGUUCGCCAUCAGCCGCUUGCGCCGAUGUGAAAACCACAGGGGCGUUUAUAUCCUGAGGUGCAGCCCGAAGGAUUACGACCGGUACUUCCUGUCCUUCAUCGUUGAGUUCGAGGGUCAGCUGGAGUUUAAGCACUGUCUGGUGGUUCGCUCUCACUCGGGAGAGUUUGUGCUCAGUGGAGCCAAAUGCAGCUUCAGCAGUCUUUGUGAAUUACUGCAGCACUACCAGAAGGAGGCGCUGCGCUCCGACAGACACGUGUUCCAGUUCAGCCGCCGCUGUCCGCCGCGCAGCAAAGAUAAAUCCAAUCUGCUGGUGUGCAGGAGCAGCCAAACCUCUGACACGUGUCUCUCGCCGUCUGAACUCAGACACGUCAACCAGAUGAUCUUCCACAAGAUCCAUAAAGAAGAUCUGGAGACGAGGGAGGGUUUGGGUCAGGGAGCGUUCACGCAGGUCUUCCGCGGCGUCCGGAGGGAGCUCGGAGAUUACGGAGAGAUCCACAAGAUGGACGUGGUGCUGAAAGUUCUGGAUAAAACCCACCGCAACUACACUGAGUCGUUCUUCGAGUCGGCGAGCAUGAUGAGCCAACUAUCCCACAAACACCUGCUGCUCAACUACGGCGUCUGCGUGUGUGCUGAUGAGCACAUCAUGGUGCAGGAGUAUGUGCGCUUCGGCUCUCUGGACACGUACCUGAAACGAAACCGCAACACCAUCAACAUCACCUGGAAGCUGGAGGUGGCUAAGCAGCUAGCGUGGGUGCUACAUCACCUGGAGGAGAAGAACCUGAUCCACGGAAACGUCUGUGCCAGGAACGUUCUGGUGACCCGAGAAGAAGACCGAAAGACGGGAACGCCUCCGUUCAUCAAGCUCAGUGACCCGGGGAUCAGCAUCACCGUCCAGCCCAGAGAACUUCUGGUGGACCGGAUCCCGUGGGUUCCUCCCGAGUGCGUGAAGGACAGCAAGAGCCUGAGUUUGGCAGCAGAUAAGUGGAGCUUCGGCACCACGCUGUGGGAGAUCUACUGCAGCGGAGAACAUCCGCUCGCGGCGUACGACGGGUCCAAGAAGCUGCUGUUCUACGAAGACAAGCACCAGCUUCCAGCUCCGAAGUGGACUGAACUGGCCAGCGUGAUCAACAGCUGCAUGGAGUACGAGCCGCUGCAGCGGCCCUCGUUCAGAGCCGUCAUCCGAGACCUCAACAGCCUCUUCACGCCAGACUACGAGCUGCUGGUGGAGAGCGACACGGUUCCCAGCAGGCAUCGGGCGCUGGGUCUCGCCGGAGCGUUCGAGAGCCAGGAACCCACUCAGUUUGAGGCCAGACACCUGAUCUUCCUCCAGCUGCUGGGGAAGGGGAACUUCGGCAGCGUGGAGAAGUGCCGCUACGAUCCGCUGCAGGACAACACGGGCGAAGUCGUCGCGGUCAAGAAGCUACAGCACAGCACGGCCGAACACCUGCGAGACUUCGAGCGGGAAAUCGAGAUCCUGCGCUCGCUGCAGCACGAGAACAUCGUCAGAUACAAGGGAGUGUGUUACAGCGCAGGUCGUAAGAACCUGCGGCUGGUCAUGGAGUUUUUGCCGUUUGGUAGUUUGAGAGAUUAUCUUUCAAAAAACAAGGAGCGCUUCGACCACACGAAGCUUCUGCUGUACACCUCUCAGAUCUGUAAGGGCAUGGACUACCUGGCGUCCAAGCGCUACGUCCAUCGAGAUCUGGCCACCAGGAACAUUCUGGUGGAGAGUGAGUUUCGUGUGAAGAUCGGAGACUUCGGCCUGACUAAAGUUCUUCCUCAGGAUAAGGAGUAUUACACCGUCCGCGAGCCGGGCGAGAGCCCCAUCUUCUGGUAUGCGCCGGAGUCUCUGACUGAGAGCAAGUUCAGCGUGGCGUCAGACGUCUGGAGUUUCGGAGUCGUUCUCUACGAACUCUUUACAUACAGUGACAAAAGCUGCAGUCCUCCAGCUGUGUUUAUGGAGCAGAUGGGGGAGGACAAGCAGGGCCAGAUGAUCGUUUAUCACCUGAUCGAUCUGCUGAAGCGCAGCUACCGUCUGCCGGCUCCUGACGGCUGUCCUGCCGAGGUUCGCGCGCUGAUGAAGGAGUGCUGGGAGGCAGAGCCGGGCGAUCGGCCCACCUUCAAAGAUCUCGCUCAGAGAGUCGACGCCAUCCAGGACCGCAAGAGCGUCUGACGCCAACAUCAGAGUCUCGACGCGUUUGACCCAGAGCUGGACUGUGUCCGUCCUCCAGGAAUAAUGUAAAGUAGGGCUGGGACAAUAAAUCGAUGCAUCGUGAUUCGUGGAUCGAGAUU